AUGAAGGCCACAGAUGUAGAGCCCCAGGAUAUAGUUUCUGGGGACUCACAAAAGGCUUUGAUGGAAGAUCAGCUACAAUCGUUGGCUGGCACUACCUGCUUUUCUGCAAUGAAGCAUGGAGCACACAUGGAUGGAGAUGUGAUGAUUGCUGGGUUUUUCCCUCUCUACACUUUGGGAAUUGAUCUUAGCAACAGUGAAGCUUCUAGGCAAAAAGAGAACAUGCCGUUUAUCUUCAAGAACUAUCAGCUUGUGUUGGCCUUGGCUUUUGCUAUUGAGGAGAUCAACAAAAACCCUGAAUUUUUACAUAACUUGACUCUGGGAUUUGAUAUCUAUGAUGUUUACUUCGAAGUUUGGGCAGUAUUUAAGAAUCCCUUCAUUUGGCUCUUUGGGAAAUACAAGAUUCCAAACUACUCCUGUAGAAGAGACAGCAAGUCUAUAGCAGUACUAACAGGACCAUUAGGAAUAACAUCUGCCCGCAUUGGGACAUUGCUGGAACUCUACAGAUUUCCACAGUUUACCUUUGGACCUUUUGAUCAUGCCUUGAGUGACCAUAAGCAGUUUCCUGCUCUCUAUCAGAUGGCUCCAAAGGACACAUCAAUAGCCACUGCAAUGGUCUCCUUACUGCUUCACUUCAACUGGAACUGGGUGGGACUGUUGACAUCAGAGGAUGAGAAUGGUUUGUGGGUUCUUGUUAAAUUGAAAGAAGAAAUGGUCAAAAACAGAGUUUGCAUUGCCUAUGAGCUAGUGAUCUCAAGUAAAACCAUCUCACAGAUGUUCAAUUUAAUGAAAAUAUAUAGUCAGAUAAAUAAAUCUUCAGCAAAUGUCCUCAUGAUAUAUGGUGAUAAUGAGUCACUACUAGAUUUAAUGAUGUGUUAUGAGCAAAUUUUAAUAAAAGGAAAAGUUUGCCUCAUGAACUCACAUUGGGAUUUAACCACGAGAAAGAAGUAUUUCAUGCUAGGCUCAUUCCAUGUACCUCUCAUUUUUUCACACCAUCGUGCAGAUGUUUCUGGAUUCACAGAUUUUAUCAAGGCAGUUAAUCCUUCCAAAUAUCCAGAAGACUUUCUUCUUGCUAGGCUGUGGUUUGUGUCUUUUAAUUGUUCUGAUUCCAAGACUGACUGUGUAAAAUGGGACAAUUGUCUUCAUGAUGCCUCUUUGGAUUGGUUGCCUGGGAAUAUUUUUGACAGGACUAUGUCUGGAGACAGUUACCAUAUAUACAAUGCUGUUUACACUGUGGCCCAGGUUCUCCAUGAGAUGCUUCUUCAUCAAACAGAAGUUCAAACAAUGGGAAGUAGUAAAGAGACAGUGCCUUCCCCUGCACAGUUGCACCUUUUCAUAAAGAACAUACAAUUUUACAAUCCUGCUGGAGAAGAAAUGAUUUUGGAUGAGAAAAGAAAAUUAGAGCCAGAGUAUGACAUUCUGAACAUUUGGAAUUUUCCAGAAGGUCUUCAACUUACAGUGAAAGUAGGAAAGUUUUCUCCAUAUGCUCUGCAUGGUAAUCAACUGUCUUUAUCUGAAGAUAUGGUAGAGUGGGCCAUAGAUACUACAGAGACUCCUCACUCUGCCUGCAGUGAGAGUUGUGAUCCUGGAUUCAGGACAUCUCAUCAAGAGGAAAAAGCUGCUUGUUGUUUUGAUUGUAAUCUUUGCCCAGAGAAUGAGAUUGCUAAUGGAACAGAUAUGGACCAGUGUGUGAAGUGUCCAGAUCAUCAGUAUGCCAACACACAGAGAACCCAGUGCCUCCUGAGAGCUGCAAGUUUCCUGGCUUUUGGAGAUCCUUUGGGCAUGGCUCUGGCCUUCAUGGCUCUUUGUUUCUCUAUGCUCACUGCUGUUGUUCUUGGGAUGUUUGUGAAACACCAUGACACUGCCAUUGUCAAGGCCAAUAACAGGGCUCUCAGCUACAUCCUACUCAUCUCCCUCAUCUUCUGUUUUCUCUGUUCCUUGCUGUUUCUUGGCCGACCCAACACAGUCACCUGCAUCCUGCAGCAAAUUGCCUUUGGAAUUGUGUUUACUAUGGCUGUUUCCACAGUGUUGGCCAAAACAGUUACUGUGGUUCUGGCCUUCAAGGCCACUUCCCCAGGGAGGAUGAGGUGGCUGCUGGUAUCAGGGGCUCCUAACUUCAUCAUCCCUAUCUGCACCCUCAUCCAGGUGACUCUCUGUGGACUCUGGCUGGGAACCUCUCCUCCCUUUGUGGAUACCGAUGCACAGUCUGAACAUGGCCACAUCAUCAUCCUGUGCAACAAGGGCUCCCUCACUGCCUUCUACUGUGUCCUAGGAUACCUUGGCUUUCUGGCCCUGUCCAGCUUCACCAUGGCUUUUCUGGCUAGGAACCUGCCUGACACCUUCAAUGAGGCCAAGUUCCUGACUUUCAGCAUGCUGGUGUUCUGCAGUGUGUGGCUCACCUUCCUGCCUGUCUACCACAGUGCCAAGGGGAAGGUCAUGGUGGCUGUGGAGGUCUUCUCCAUCUUGGCCUCUGGUGCAGGACUCCUAGGCUGCAUUUUUGCCCCAAAGUGUUACAACAUCUUGUUAAUGUCAAAUAGAAAUUCUCUGCAUGACUUUAGGGAUAAAAGACAUAGUAGAAGAAGUAAGCCUUCUUAA